ACUUUCUAUAUAUAGCAGGACUUUGGCACAAAUCCUUACAUAGCCCGGGUGAAAAACAGACUUCUCUCGUUCUUCACGCUAACUUGAAAUAUGAAGUUUUUGGUUGGAUUCCUUCUAUUAGGCUUAGCCUUAAGUAAUAAGCUCAAAGAUGAUGUAUUCUUGAAACCAAAACUGACGUUAAAACACGAUAAAACGGUUGAGAAGGUAGUUCCACAUAAGAAUGAAGAUCCUCUUACUGUUACCAAUGAAACAGAAAUUGACAUCGCCAUCGGAGGUAUGGAUAUAGGCACGAUUCGUUUGGGAUUGUUCGGUAAUACAUACCCUAUAACAACCAGGAAUCAUAUACACUUGUGUAAUCACACAUAUGGGUAUGGCUAUAGAAAAGCCAUUUUCCAUAGAUGUAUUAAAGAUUUUAUGAUUCAAGGAGGUGAUUACGAAUACGCCAACGGUAGAGGUGGACACUCUAUUUUCGUUGUCAAUGGCCAAUUCGUCAACUUUAGAGAUGAGGAUAUGAGCCUUGUAAAACACUACGGAGCAGGAUUCGUUUCUAUGGCAAAUGCUGGACCAAAUACUAAUGGCGCACAGUUUGUUAUUCAGACUGUUGUCACUCCCUGGUUGGAUGGUCAUCACGUUGUAUUUGGUAAGGUAUUAGCAGGCAUGAGAAUAGUUGACCUUAUACAAAAUGUACGAACCGAUGGUCACGAUCGUCCAAAUCUCAACGUAACGAUAAAGGCAUGCAGAGUUCUCCCAGCUCCAAAACCCUACGUAGUAACAAAACUUCCAGUUCCUCUCGAUCAAGUCUAA